CGGGUCCGACUACCGCUUUUGUCCGGUCGCUCGCUGGAGGUAUUCGGUGCCGCUUUUCUGCUUCUGACGGUCUAGCGGCCUGCUCCUCGCCUGUUCCCAGCGAGACAGGCAUGAAUGUCCCUGGGCCGCCGCCCCUGGACGGGGUCCUGGCAGGAACCCCUGACGGCCUCGGGGUCGGGGAGACUACUCCGGGUUUAAAUGACAUCUCUCCAGAUGAAGGGUUAAUAGAGGACUUGAGUGCAGAAGACAAAGCUGUGGAGCAACUGGCAGAAGGAUUACUUUCUCAUUAUUUGCCAGAUCUGCAGAGAUCAAAACAAGCCCUCCAGGAACUCACACAAAACCAAGUUGUAUUAUUAGAUACACUGGAACAAGAGAUUUCAAAAUUUAAAGAAUGUCACUCUAUGUUGGAUAUUAAUGCUUUGUUCACUGAAGCUAAACACUAUCAUACCAAGUUGGUGAAUAUAAGAAAAGAGAUGCUGAUGCUUCAUGAAAAGACAUCAAAGUUAAAAAAAAGAGCACUUAAACUGCAGCAGAAGAGGCAGAAGGAAGAGUUGGAAAGGGAGCAGCAACGAGAAAAGGAAAUUGAAAGAGAAAAGCAGUUAACUGCCAAACCAGCUAAAAGGACAUGAAAGGUGUAAAUUUAAAAGUUCCAGUUUUGCAUUUUAGGAGUUGACUUGCCUUUCUGGUAAUACAACAUUGGUUUUUGGUAAUUGCCUUUCCAUGUCUUGGUUAAGAAGAAAUGCCAACGUUUAAACACAUGUGCCACUGGAAUAGAGGUGGUAUAGGCCUUUGUGAAGAACGUGAAGGAAAAGUGGGCGCACGUGAAAUAACAGCAUCUUAGAGGUAGGGUAAGUGAGCAAGAUGCCAAAUAGCUUCCACUAACCUUAUACUCUGUCUGCUUCCUGGAGUCUGAAACCACAGUUCACCUUCUUGUUGUUAUUUAGUUCUUACAUAGCUUCUGGGUUCAAAGUAGAUUACAUCUAUUCUUAAGAUUUGCGUAGGCUUGUGGAACACUCAUUCAUAUAUGCUUUAAUAUUUAUAAUACUUAGUAACAGUUGUGACACACUGAGAUAAGAUGAUGAACCCAGCUUUCCAACUUGAAAGUGUAUUCACUAGUUCUUUGUAUGUUCUGAUUUGCUGUGUGGCCUUACGUGUAGUUUCUAUUUCUGUGCUUUUUAAAAAUUCCUAAAGUGGAAUGAUCUAUACCAACUUCCUACUUUAUAGAUAAUGACAGGAAUGGUAGAAAAUUAGUAAAUAGUUUCUUCACAAAAGAAGGCAGCAUGAUAACCUUUAGUGUUUUCUAGAAUUUUUCUCCCAGUAUUAUAUGUAGCAACCUAUUACAUGAGGGAAAUAUUAUGAAGUUUCAUUGUUUAAAAUUCAAAGCACAUUAUUCACUGUUUUAGUAUUAAUAUUCAACUGGUCUCCAAUCUCUAUUACAUAGGGAAUAUAUGGGACUUAUAAAGGUAUAAGAUUAGAAUGUGUAUCUUUUAUAAUUCACAUUACAUUUUUGGUAAGCUAGAAUCACUACCUCUAUCACAUAUCAGGUUAAUGAUUGAGAUAGCGUUAGAUUUAAGUUGACUGCUAAAAAACCUGGUCUGUUUAAAGGUUUAUGGUUUUUUUGAAAGAGCCUUUCCCUUAUUUAAUGGAUGAAAAUGGUCUCAAAAUCCACAUAACUUCCAUCUUUUGUUUAAGAAUGUAAAGACAUUUACUUAAAAAGUGUUGCCCUCAAACACUUGAUAAAACUGCCCAUGGCAGGAUUCAUUAGAGCUUGCAGGACAAUGUCAUCUAAAUUGCUGAAUGUACUCAUUUUUAACCUGGUAAAGUCUGUGCAUUGUUUCUCAGGGUGGUUUGUGUUACUGGCUGGAAUGAUUUUUUAAAGUGCUGGUUCCUGGACAUCACUCUAAAUCUACUGAAUCAAAUCUGCUUUUUGUUUGAUUGUUUGUUGGAAGUUUCCUCAAGUGCUUUUGAAGCGUUCUGAAGUUUAAGAGCCACUGGUCUAUGUCAGAGGAUUUCUCACUAGGCUGCAUAUUAUUAUCUCCUGGGGAACUUUUAAAAAAACCACAGAUGGUCCAGGACAUUAUUAUUCAGUAAUUAUGAGUUAGAGCCCAUAAUCUGUAUGUUAAAAAAGAGCUCCCCAGAUGAUUCUGAUGCAAGGAACCAUUGGUCUAGACUAUCUAGUGAUUUUUAUUUGUAAGCAGUGAAAUAAUUUAAAAAUGUCCUAGUAACUCUUCAGAUUAAUGUUAUGAAAUAAGAAUUGAGACUGAACUCUAGCAAACAGGAAAUAGGUACAGAAUUCUGGUUAAUUAAAUGAACUUUUGUGACUGAUAUUAAAAUAAAUGUUUAUUGAAUGAAUGGCAAGGCACACAUACUUUUAGAGUUACAUUAUAUAAAUUUUGAAGACUUAAAAAAAUGUCUAAACUGGUACAUAUAUACAUAUACAUGUGUAUAUUAUAUAUAUGUAUAUAUAUAAACAUUCAGUAUUUUAAGGUCAAUUAUGCAUCAGAGUACUGUUAUCUUGGUAGUUAAACUUUAAAACAUUAGUUGUAUUUCAUUAACAUAGAAACGCAUUAUUGACCAAAUCUGAAUGGGAACCCUCAUAAUUAGUCUUCUGUAUUUUUGAAUGAAAUAGUUAGUUGGUGCCUGGGAGGCUUUUGGUUUGGGGUUGAAAAAAAUUGCCUUUGUUUUGAAACUAUACGACAUGCACUGAACGAAAUGGUGAGAAUUCCUUUUGUAUUUACUUGGGAGUUGUAAUCAGGUAAAUAUGCAGAUGUAGAAUAUAACAUAGAUUGUGUCUGCAGUGAGUGUGGAUGUAGUUUUACAAGUUUGCCAAUUAUAUACCCUCAUAUAUUAGUGUGUUUUUGAGCUUGGGUAAUGAGGACUACUUUUUACACAUUUAAUAAAAUACAAGGGCCUCUGAAUUACUGAUAUUAUUUAUCAAGUGCCACUCUAUAAGUACUACAUGUACUUUCCUUCCUGUACACUUUUCAGACAUGCUACUCUUUUGCUCUCCUCUCCUGCUGUCUUUCUCUUAAUAUACUGUGUCACAAUAUGAUAGGUCCACUCAUGAAGUCCUUUUCAGAAAGGUGAUAGAAAGUGUUGUGAGAGGAUUCCAGUUGAAAUAACCCAAUGUCAUAAAGUUGUUCACUGUUCUUUGAGAAUAAAAAUGAUAGCUAGCACUUUUAGUGGUUUGGUAGAAAGUGUUUUAUAAGGAUCCCUACAUGUAUAGUCAGUAAAUAAUGGAAAUUUCCAAUUAAUAAAAUAUUUUAGGCCAGGGUUUUUUUUUUUUUUAAAACCUGGGAGUCUUUAGACCCCUGGGCGAGGAACUUCUGUGGAUGGUUAUUGGAGGGGCCAUGAACUCCCAUAAAUUUGUUACAAAUCCAUGUAUUUUUCCAGGAUUGGGUCUAUAGAUUUCAUCAGAUUUUAAGAUAAAUAUCUCCAUCUAUAUGCUCCAAAGCAAUGGAUCUUAAUUGCUUCAAUUGUACAUAUUAAAAAAAAAAUACUUAGUUUCUAUAAUUUGCUUUUGGAUGAAGAUAUUUCCUAUUUUAUAUGUUCAUUCAGAUUAACCAGAUGUUCUGUUGUGCUAACUCAUUCAUAUUUUAGUUAGCCUCAUACAUGGUUGGCAUUUGGGUGAGACUGGGUUUAUCUUCAAGGCCAAUAAGAGAGUGAAGGGGGUAGUCUAGGGAGACAGUUCUUAUGACCUUCAUUUAAAAGGCACUUAAAGCAGAAAUUCCAAAGGCAGUGGUAAAGAAGAGAAAUUAAAGAGAAGCUAGGUAAAAUAUGGAGGGGUAGGGGUAGUGGUAAUAGAGGGGAACUGAGAAGGCCAAGACUGAAAUGGAAGGGAAAGGCAAAUCUAUUCUUCAUGUACCCUGAGUAAAGAACACUAUAAGCCUGUAAUGAAGAAUAAAUUAAUAGAAUCGACCUAUUUUAGGAUAAAAAUAGUGAAAGUUCGCCCCCUACUGCCAUUUCAUUGUAAACUGAAGAAAAGGCUGUAGCUGUUCAUUUUGGUUUAGACCAUAAAUAUAUUCCUAAUAUGCUCCAAGAAGCCUCCAGUGUUCAAAUCCAGUUGAGAAUGGACUUGAAAAAAUUACUCUGAGCAUAUACAGGUGCUGCUCACUCUUAUUCCUAGACUUGACUUUUAUUGGUCUAUUGGAAAAGACAAUAAAAAAAUAUAUUGAACACCUUGUGGAAGGGAAUACUAAGAAAUAAAAUCAUUUCGAUAGACCUGAGGGUUCCUCACCUCCUCUUUGACUGUAAAAGUUUAAAUUCUGAGGGCCCUAGUAAUAUAGUGAUUAGGAUUGUGGGCUCUGAAGUCAAACUGCCUUGGUUCUCAUCCUGGUUUAAUUUGAGACUGGACAAAUUAUUUAAACCCUGUCUACCAUAGUUUCCUAAACUGUAAAAUUCCUAACUUCAUAAGGCUGUGAAUUUUCAUGAUAUCUUUAUAAAGACCCUUAGCAAAAUAGAGCUCAUAGUAAGAGCUCAAGAAAUGUUGGGUAUUAUAUUAUAGUAUCUGGAAGUCACAUAUCUACAUGGGAGGCUAGUUAUUUUCCCCCAAACCUUCCAGGCCUUUUUGUACCUGUUUUUGCUCAGGGGUUUCCACUGCCUAGAAUCCUUCAUCCUUUUAUGUCUGCCUGUUGGACACCUGUUCAUUCUUUACAACUCAAAUUUCACCUCUUUAGGGUUUUUUCCUCCCCUUCCCCCUGAAAGAAUUCCUAUUUUUAUUUUCCUGUAGUAUGUCAUUGUACUUUUUCUUAGCAGUUACAGUAUUAGUUAUGCAUUCAUGUGUUUCUCAAGAUCAUGGAUGUUUCUUAAUCAUCUUUGUAUUUCAUGGUGAGUUGCCUCGUCUGGAGUUAGUUUUCAGUAAAUAUUUUGGAACUGAAUUGAAGCUAGUAGGAAAGAAGUAAUAUGUAUAUAUUAAAAAUAACUAUUAAAAAAAAACACUGGACUAGAUAAAUGCCAAGUAAGGAAUACUACAAUAAAAAAUUAUAAUUUCUGCAAUU